CAAAACUGACCUUAACCUAACUGGAUGCAUUGUUCAUGUAUUUAAUGCAAUUUUAUAGAAAUCUAUUACAACAUGCCGAAACAUAUAGAAAUCGGGAUUAUAUCUAAUAAUUUGAGGCACGAAGAAACAAUAGUUCAGAUAACUGAGGCAUUAGAUAAUUUAGAUUCUGCGGUAUUAUAUAUAUUUAAUUGCAUAGAAAAGAGGCUUACUGAAAAUUCUCAAAGACUUUCAGAUAUAAGAAAUAGAGCUAUAAAAUUAGAAAAUCAAUUGCACUACUUGCAAUCUAAUUUAAAUUUAAAGGCUAUCAAAAUAUAUUCUGCUGCUAAAUAUCCUGCUAAUCAUACAUACAAUGAAUAUAAAAUGGCUAUACCGUUGCAACGUGAUAAUAUUAGUAAUACACCAAAUAUUUACAAGUAUUCAAUACCAACAAAGGGCAGGCACGAAACACAUCUACCUACUAGUAUGAAUACCGAAGAUAGCCAGUAUGCAAUGAAUGUCAAUCUGCAAGAAAAGUUGCAGUUUUACUACGUUAGAUAUAAAAAUAACGAACACGCAGAAAACGAUAUGAAUGCGCGUCAAUAUGUACCGUCUUUACCUUCGUCUGUUAGUGCACUUCUACUAUUCGAUAAUGUAAAUAACACGUACAGAAAAGCUUUAUCAUCUAAUAAGUCUACAGAUAAAAAACAAAUAGAAGAUGCACCCGAUUCAAUCGUACAUUCGUGGCAUUCGUCAGACAUGGAUUUGCCAUCUGGUUAUCUUUAUACGCCAGUGCUUGGAGAGGUUCCACAAAUGAAUGUACCACUCAUGCUACCAGAUUUACCAGGGAUUGUGGAUAAUGAAAAAUUCGACUUAGACUUGAGCUCACAAAGUCCUAUCGCUCCAUCUUCUGCUGUUGUUACUCCUACGGUUCGACUAGAUUUGCCACCUUUAAUUGAAGAAACUGGGUCACAAAAUACAAACGAAUCUAAUGUUUCUAAUCUACCCAAUUUGACUGUGAACAAUCCAUCGGCCAAAAUUGAAUCUAAGUCAUCAACAGUAAAUGCAACUAUUACUUCACAUGCAAAUAUUAAUAAUGCUGAACCAAAUGAAACGAACUCUAAGACGAUACAACCACCAUCGGCUAUGCCACCACCACCACCACCACCUCCGCCACCACCGCCUCCUCCUCCUCCUCCUCCACCACCUCCGCCUCCGCCUCCACCGCCAACUUCAACAUCACCAUCUACAUCAUCAACAGAAAAGCCAUCUAAAGAUGAAAGUUCGCAAAAGCAGAAUGAAAAAAGAUCCACUCAAGCUAAUAAAAAAAGUAUAAGUAAAGAUGACCACUCAGAUUUGAUGGCAGCGAUACGUGAUGCGGGUGGAAUUGGAAGAGCAAAAUUGAGGCACACAGUGCCGAUUGAUAAGAAGGAAAAUCGUUGGUCAUCAGCUUCGGUAGGUGGAGACCUAAUGGCAGAUCUUCAUGCUAAAUUGGCUUUAAGAAGAAAAGGUAUUGCGGGCUCUGCAACAGGGGCAUUAGAGAGAAUGUCUAGUUCGAUACCACCACCACCACCUAAGUCGAGUGAAAACUACGCUUCCGAUAGAAAUUCUGCUACAAGCGAAUAUGAUUCUCAAGCUGACACAGAUGACUGGGAAGAAUAAUUAAAUGAUAUAAUAAUAUAUAUAGAAAAAUAUUACAUAGAUAAUAUGAAAUUUUACAGAAUUAUUAUAUGGAGAGAAUAAUAUCUUUUAUCUCUUAUUUUAUUUAAUAUUUUAAGAUCAUAUGAUAUAUUGUAGUAAAUUACUUUAGUUGUAUAUAUUGUAAACAAUUAACAAUCAUCUUAAUAUAUGAAAUAAACAAAAUAGAGCUUUA